UAAAUAUUCAGUAUCAUCGAAACGUUGACCAAGAAUCAUAUGCAACAGUUGAUCUGCGUCCAAAUUUGUUUUGCUUCUAAUUUGAAUGCAUAAAUAGAAAACAAAGACAUAUUGCAACUGCUUCAGUGCUUCUUUAUUUCUUUCCCUUUCAUUAGUCGACAAACACGUAUUAUUCACGUAUAUCUACAAUCUACUGCCUGCAAUGGCGACGGAAAGAUUGCGUUACAAAAACAAAGUUGUUAUAGUCACGGGAGGGUCAAAAGGUAUUGGUGAAGGAAUUGUACGAGAAUUUGUAAAUGAAGGAUCAAAAGUUGUUUUUUGUGCACGCAAGGAGGCUGAUGGAAAGGUUUUAGAAACAGAAAUUAACAAAGUUGGACCAGGAGAGUCAUUCUUUGUUAAAUGUGACGUUCAAAAGGAAGAAAAUUUAAAGAAUCUUGUUCAUAGAACUGUUGAAAAAUAUGGAAAAAUUGAUUGCGUGAUCAAUAACGCCGGAUGGCAUCCAUCUUAUAAAACAAUUGAUGAUACAAGCGCUGAAGACUUCGCGUCUUUAUUCAACCUUAACGUUGUCAGUUAUUUUCUUUUAUGCAAGAUGACCCUUCCUUAUCUUCGUCAAUCAAAGGGAAAUAUCAUUAACAUUUCAAGUUUAGUGUCAAUGAUUGGUCAAGAAGGUGCUGUAGCAUACUGUGCAACUAAGGUAAUGAUUGGUCUAGAAGAUGCUGUAGCAUACUGUGCAACUAAGUUGAUGUUUGGUCUAGAAGAUGCUGUAGCAUACUGUGCAACUAAGGGAGCAAUUGCGUCUAUGACUCGGGCUCUCGCUGUCGAUGAAGCAAAACACGAAGUGCGAGUGAACUGUGUAUCACCUGGAAAUGUUUGGACUCCACUGUGGGAAAAAUUGGCAUCUGAACAAUCAGAUAAAGAAGCUGCAAUAACAGCCGGAGAAAAAGCACAGUUAUUGGGUCGUAUGGGAACUUUGGAAGAAAUGGGAAAGUGUUGUGUUUAUCUUGCUUCCGAAGGCACAUUUUGUACUGGAAUUGAUCUUCCUCUGAGUGGCGGUGCCGAACUGAACUAUGGAGAAAAAUCUAAAUAAUGAAAUUCAAGAUAUCAUCCUCCAGAAUUUCUUUUUAGAGGGUGAUUAGUAAUGUGGGGAGGAAUGGGAUUGAGUUUUGACGAACGUAAAACAGGCUAUAACUUUAGUUUUGUUGUAUAUUCAAAAAUCUAGUUUUUGAGAUGGAGCGUUUUCUUUUGAAAUUAACUUCAUAAACAUCCCGGAUGCUCUACGUGUCAUGUUUCUCGCGUUGUUUAUUGAUUGUUACAUUAAGUUUGAUUGAUUUCGUGAUAUUUAUGAAAAAUUGAUUUAUAGCGUUGAUCGACGAGAGAUAGCUUUUGUCGACUAGAGAUAUAUUUUAAAUAAUUGUUAAAGUGUAUACAUCCAAUCUUAUCACAUUUUUAUUAUUUUUAGAAAUAUAUUCUAAGAGGCGUAA